AUGGCACAAUUAGUGGGCCGGGAGCUUAUCAAGGAGAGCACAUUCUCCUUCUAUCUGAAGCCCGAAACCCUCUUCAAGAAGGGCUUCGAUGGAGAACUCCUUCUCGGUGGAGGCGAUCCGAAACUAUACAAAGGGCAGCUGAGAUAUGUGCCGAUUGUGGUUGCAAACCAUUUCGAAGCGAUGCUGGAGGGGCUACAAGUUGGUACUGGGAAGUCUACGUCUCUCAAGGAAAAUGUAAUGUUCGACACCGGCUGCAACUACGUGUAUGUUCCGGACUCUAGAAUGGUGGAACUUCUGAAGGGUAUUGAGGAGCAAGCGACCCUGAAGGCGAAGACCCCAGUCAAGCUUACACACUUCGAGGCCGCCAACGUUUGGAAGGUCGACUGUGUCUACCGUAAAUUCAUGCCGACGCUAAGAUUCUUGUUUCAAGACUCUGCAGGCCAGGAGGUCGCGCUCGAGCUCGACUAUAGGAGCUAUGUUGCUAUGCGAAACAGUGGGUGCUAUUUGGAAAUAAUGGGCAAACCACAAAGUAUGUGGAUACUUCCUGACAUCAUGCUGGUUGCCAACUACCUCGAAUUUCAGCCUGAUCAGGAGAGAGUUGGCAUCGCCAGACUCAAACUGUGA